AUGAGCUCAUCGCCGUCAAGGAAUCCGACGUCCACCGAAGCGCCACCACCGUCUUCAUCGACUUCGACGGAUGCGGAGGGUUUGUCAAAGAAGGUGAGGAAACCUUAUACCAUCACCAAGUCUAGGGAAAGUUGGACAGAGGAAGAGCAUGAUAAGUUCUUAGAAGCACUUCAACUGUUUGAUCGUGAUUGGAAGAAGAUAGAAGAUUUCGUGGGUUCCAAGACUGUGAUUCAGAUAAGGAGUCAUGCCCAAAAAUACUUUCUAAAGGUUCAGAAAAACGGUACACUAGCACACGUUCCACCCCCUCGUCCCAAACGCAAAGCAGCUCAUCCUUACCCUCAAAAGGCAUCAAAGAACGCUCAAAUGCAACUUCAAGUGUCCACUUCAUUUACUAGUCGAAAUAGCGUCAUGUCUGGUGGAUAUACUUCGUGGGAUGACGUAUCAAUGAUGCUAAACAGAGCCAUUUCACCACUACAGGAGCUUGCUACUAUUCAUGGAGCAGAAGAUGAUAUUGGGUCGAAGGGUUUAUUAAAUGUUACUAGCCCUUCGACCUCUGGUAUGGGAAGCUCAAGCCGAACACUACCAGGUUCUGAGAUUGUAGUACAACAGGCAGAACAUCCUCCAGUGCUUCAAGCUGUUCCUGAUUUUGCUGAAGUUUAUAACUUCAUAGGGAGUGUGUUUGAUCCUGAAAAGAGAGGUCACGUGGAAAAGCUCAAGGAAAUGGAUCCUGUCAAUUUUGAAACUGUUCUGCUAUUGAUGAGAAACCUCACAGUUAACUUAUCAAACCCUGAUUUGGAAUCCACAAGGGAAGUACUCUCAUCAGAUGAGGUCAACACCGAUAUUCCAAGUGUUACAACUGGUUCCUUUGUCCACCACUCAACAAGUGACAAAUCAGAUUCAUGAAGAUCUCAGCCAUCAGUUCUCAAUGUUGAAUCGUCUAUUAUCCAUGUUUUAUAAACUUUUGGGUGUAUACGUCAAUGGGAAUCACAAUCUUGUUAAUGUGUCCAAAACGGUUUGUUAUUGUUUUGAGGAGAAGAAACAUGAGUGAAAUUUUCAAAGCUUCAUGUAAAGAUUCUUGACCAGUACUAGUUCCUUGAAUGGCAUAGGUUUAAUAUAAUUCAAGGGGGUCUACUUGUUCUUGGUCUACAAGCUAGGUGGUUGGAGGACAGCUUCAUCCUCACACGUUUGUACAAAAUUCUCUUUCUACUUUUGUUUUGUUAUUUGUAAUAUGUUUUUUAUAUGUUCUGUCUGUUGGGUGAAUCUCUAGUUAGUUUUUGCCCUUCUAUCAGAUUAUGAUUUGGUUAAGGAGUGUUCCCUUGGAGAAGUCGUAAGACUUCUUGUUCUAGUUCAAGAACACUCUUAAGUACAUAACAGCAACCCUCUUGUCUUGAAGCUGUGACAAACAAAAAAGGUUGUAAUCAGAAUUUGUUUAACCAAGAGAAACAUCAAAU